CCCCGCUGCAGCCCGUCCUCCUGCCUCCGCGCUCCCCCGGGGACACCGACAGCCCCAGCGCCGCCGCCAUGGCCAUCGAUGCGUUUUUAGGCAAAUGGUGCCUCGUCUCCAGCGAGGGUUUCGAGGAGUAUAUGAAGGAGCUGGGUGUGGGUAUGGCCAUGAGAAAAAUGGGAAGCAUGGCCAAACCAGAUGUUUACAUUAUUAAGGAUGGGGACACAAUCACCGUAAAAACAGAAAGCACCUUCAAAACUUCACAGUUCAGCUUCAAGCUUGGUGAGAAAUUUGAGGAAAAUACAUUAGAUGGCAGGAAAACUCAGACCCUUGUCAGCUUAAAAGAUGAUGGGUCAUUGAUUCAGGAGCAGGAAUGGGAUGGCAAGAAGACCAUAAUAACACGGAAACUAGUGGAUGGACAAUUGGUGGUGGAAUGUGACAUGAAUGGUGUCAAGUGUGUUAGAGUCUACCAGAAAGCAUGAGGACACCUUCAUGUUCAGUAGGAACUUGCUACAAACAACUCAGUUCAGUGGACCGAGCUCCUUUACACUCCGUAUUUUCCUUUUCCCUGUUUUCUAGUAUUUCAAUGGACUGAGUAGCCGAGUGCAAUCCUUUUUAAAAGCCGUGAUCUAACUAUUAUGUAACUAUUCUGAACUUGUGAGGCUAUUAAAUAAAAUUGUCAAAUAUAUGAAGUGGAAAUGUUGUUACUAUAGUGGAAUUUUAAAGUGAGGUUUUAUAAAAACUCUGUUUGGUUUUAGGCUCUACUACAAACUGCCUUCAGUUCAAGAUAAGGCACUAUAUGGCAAUGAACAAUUAAUAGCAAGCUGAAUUUUGACCAGUGUCCUUAACUGCUAAGGUAGUAAAAUCUGAAAUAGAAAAAAACAUCCAAGAGUUCAGGCUCUAGACCUGUUUCUAACUUGCAUGUUACAAAGUUAAUGGAAUGGGGUGGAUAUAACUAAGACAUAAGUUGGUGAGUAGAGGGAUGCAUUUUCAGGGGUUGGUUUGUUUUUUCAUGUUUCAACCCCACAAAUUUCUUAUGUGAAAUAUAUAUACUGGUGAGACAAUGGACGUGAUUAACUUAAGCAAACACAUAUAUUCUUCACUGAAAGGAAGCCUUGUUCUGAGAAGCCUCUUUGUUUUCCUAGCAAAAUUCUUAUUUCCUGUCUAAUAACAUUCUAAAAAUUCUUAACCAAAAUCUACUCAAAUACUGCCUAAAACUUAAAGCCUCAUUUUAUUUUAUUUUUUUUUUUAAACUGCCUCGAAACACCUGGCAAUGGAGUUUAUAUGCUUUAAAGUGCCAUAAUAAAUAAUUGGAAACAUCA